AUGACGGAAAUGCAUUUCCCACAGACCCUCGGCAAGCGGGAACGCUCGUCGGACAGUAGGUCGUCCGUCAAAGGAGGGUCGGUUACUGCGUUGGAUGUCAGCAGCCGAGAGAGUAGUACUGAGCGGGGCGGUGCACCCAGCAUUCCCGCUUUCCUAAGCCAAUCUCCAUCAGAGCUAAGAGACAAGUUUGAGGACCUCCAGUGGGCGCAAAGAGCCCGCAUGACUUCUGCAGUUAUGUCAGGGAACCCAUCCCAUCCGUUUGCGUUAGAGUCUGGCCCUGUGAUCACUGAAAGAAGUCGAUAUGCCAACGUCCAAGCUUGGGCCAAUUCUCGAAUCCAUUUGAAGGUUCCCCCGGGCGAUUGUGACUUCAUCAAUGCUUCUCCUAUCAUUUUAAAAGAUAGCAAGACCGAAGAAGCUUUCCGUUACAUUGCCACUCAGGGCCCAAAAGAAAAUCACCUUGCCCAUUUUUGGAAUAUGGUUUUCCACGAGACAGGAGAGGUUGCGAUUAUUGUAAUGCUGACCCAGACUCUUGAAGCAGGUAAAGAGAAAUGCGCACAAUAUUUCCCUUUGGACUUGGAAGUUUCUACGUUUACGUUCUCCCAUACCGAGUCCGACCCGUUUAUCGAUUGUAAAGAGGGCGAGUCAGACUGUGAGAAUGUUACUGGAUCCAUUACUCUUUUGACAUAUUCUUAUGACGAGAUAUGCUGCUCCGAAAUUCGACAGCUGAAAUUAGACGUUGGGUCGAAAUCGAAGAUCGUGUGGCAUUAUCUAUUUGCGGGCUGGUCGGACUAUUCCAAGCCAGAGGGCCAAUACCGUGACGCACUCAUCCAGCUAACCAAAAUUACGGCUGAGCAAGCAGUAUCCGCUGACAACCCAAGAGUUGUUCAUUGCAGCGCUGGGGUUGGUAGAACAGGCACUUUUAUUGCCUUGGAUCACCUUUUACGACAGCUACACAACGGUUCUUUGCUCGAUGUAGCCGAUGAUGCUGACAUGAUUUUCCGCACUGUGGAUGACCUUCGAGAACAGCGAAUGAUGAUGGUUUUUAAUGAGAUUCAAUAUCAAUUUCUAUACGACGUUCUACGAGAGCAAGCCCAGACGCUUCGAGCAGAGAAAGUCUCUACUGAGGCCCCCACUGUCAGUGAAAAUAAAACAGAGACGGUGCCUGAAGCAGAAUGUUCCAGUUGA